AUGCAACGACUUCUGCAACUAUUUCUUGGCUACGUAAUGAUCGCCGUCAUUUCUGGCAUCACCUGUAAUCACCUUAACAGCCGUGGUCACUGCGUUUACAAGGGCCCAGAUAAAAGGAACUGGGAACAAUCAGAGGCUUAUUGCGAGUCACGAUAUGGUCAACUCCCAUCCAUUCACAACGAAGUAGAUAUCGCCGCGAUUAAAGCGCUUGGAGAUGCUGGCGAAUGCAAAUCAUACUGGACGAUUGGGCAAUGCAGGCAUGGCAAAUGUUCAUGGAGAGAUGGCUCAUCAUUCAAUUUGAAGAAGGGUGAAGGAAGAUUAUGGGGUACGACAGAUUGCAGGAAAGAAAAAUGCUUUGUCUGUGAAACCAGUAAGGUGAUGAGCGACUGUGAGGACUGGUACAAGGCUGGGUACAAAGAUGAUGGUGAAUACAGCAUUGUCGUCAACGGUAAGCCUUUCAAAGUCUAUUGCGACAUGCAUACUGCUGGAGGCGGAUGGGUUGUGUUUCAGAGAAGGGUAAACGGCAGUGAAUCAUUCUGGGAUCGUAACUGGACGGAGUACAGACAUGGAUUUGGUAAGAUUGGGAUGAACACUACUUUCUGGUUGGGCAACGAGGCUCUCCACCAGCUCACUUACAAGGACCCCAAUGUGACUAUGAGAGUUGAAAUGAGAGGCGACAGAACGACGGACGCCAAGAAUCCUAAUGGAUACUGGUGGAACCACUACUUCAAAUUUCGGGUUGGACCUGAGGAAACCAACUACACACUCGAAAGGCUCUAUAUCAACUGGAAGAACAUUCAGGGAAAUGCGUCAAUUGCAAGACAUGAUAUGACCUAUUCUGUUGGAGCAAAGUUUUCGACUGUCGACAGGAUCAAUGAUCCAAGACCCGAAUGCAUAACGCAGCAUAAAAUGGGGGGGUGGUGGUUACGUAACUGCGCACUGGCGACCUUGAACGGAGCUUAUGACAUAUCGGAUCAAUCCACUGAUGGAUACAACGAUGGUAAGCAUUGA